AUGGAGACCUUAGAGACAAAACUGCUUCUAUCAGUGUCGCUGCACGUGGCCCAUGGGUUUGUUGGCAACAGAAGCGUGGUUUUUCCUUUGCAGUAUCUAGGAUGGGACGUGGAUGCUAUAAAUACCACUGAUUUCCUGAACCACCCAGGAUACGGUACGUUUGCCGGACGGAAGUCUGAUCCCAACACCAUUGAUGAAUUAUUCAAGGGUCUUAGGCGAAUUGAGGACAUAAAAAAUCCAUAUAAGGCUGCUUUGGUCGGAUACUGCCCCAGUGCAGGCAUGUUGAAGGUGGUAUACGAUCAUAUAGAGCAGCUCAAGAAGGCCAAUCCAGAGAUGAUGAUUAUGGUGGAUCCCGUUUUGGGCGAUAAUGGCCGUCUUUAUGUUCCAGAAGAGGUGGUGCCUAUCCAUGAGGCAUUUUUGAAGAAAGGCUUGGUCAGUUUGAUGACCCCAAACCAGUUUGAGUUGGAGCUUCUCACGGGUAUAAAGAUAGACAAUCGGGAUUCUGUUGAGAAGGCAUUGAGAGAGUUCAACAGAAUCUAUAAGGUUCCGUAUGUGGUGCUUUCGUCCAUCACGUUGGACGACAAAAUGGCUUCAUUUGCAUUGGCCCAGAAGGACGACACAGUGGAGAUAUUCUCUGUUGACAUUCGCAGAAUUGAGUGCUCCUUCAACGGCUGUGGCGAUGUGUUUGCGGCUCUUCUUACUCACGAAGUCAACAAGAAUCAGGGUGUUCUUUCACUGACCGUUUUACGUACUGUGGUCGCCAAAAUGAGCAAAAUCCUUGACAUCAGUUACCGGGUUGAGGAGCAAAAGACAGGAAAGGUGCCCACGGCCGUGAAGGAUAUUGCUCUUGUCGCUCUGCGGCACGUCUUUGAAAUGUCGUUUGAGUGA